AUGGAUCAAUAUUCGUGCAAACAACGUAUCAAUGAAAACACAAAUAACAAUGACCAAUUAAAAGGGUGGACAUGGGAUGAAGAUAAAGGAUUUGAGGAGAACUUAUUAGAAUAUUUAGACAAGAUGAUACUCGAGGCCCAAUUGGACAAACUCACUGCUCUUGUUCCGGAACGAUCAACGGUCGAAGUUAAAGAGCAUAAUCAGAUGAUUGAGGAAGGUUAUUUCGAGGUGCCAACAUACUUAUAUGAUUGUGUUUCAAAAGACAAUGCUUCGAUGGAUGAAAACAAAGUUCUUCCUCUCAAGAAUAAGACCAAGAAAGUGAUUUGA